UUGUCAAUAGCAACGAAUCCAUAACCAUAUCAAAAGGAAACGCAACAGUUCUAAUUUACUCUUCCAUUAAGAUGGAGGAACUUCAAAGAAUUGGGCUGUUUAUAGAUGAUAUUUACGGACUACGAGUUGAAAACCCCAGCUUUACUGAUAAUAGAAUAAAGUAUAAGAAUAAGUGCGAACAGUAUUCUAAAUAUGUAAACAGUUUUAAGAAGUUUGCCUCGGAUUUUUAUAACAUAUCUGAUUUGCUUGGAAAAGAUGUCGAUAUAGAAAAACUACGAGCUAUUGGGACAUACAAUCGAUUUAAAAACAUAAACAAUCAGCACCAGAGUAAGGAAGUUUAUCAGUCAGAGAUAUUUGAGCGAGUUGCGAGACUAGAACUUUUAAAGAGUGAGCUGCAGUAUUUACAGCAAAUCGUUACUGAACAACAUGACAUAAUAAACAACUUUAUCUUUCUAUUGCAGUGAGCCAUCGAUCUUUAAUCGAGCUUUUAAUUUAUAGAGCACUAGCUUUGGGCCAAGUAAUCACCCGUACAUCUUUUGAAUUUGACAUAGAAUAACGAGGUGAAUAGUGUCUAUUCUACUUCUUAGAUAUAAUAAAAGUUAAUAUAAUAUUUAAGUAAAAUAAAUGUUGUUCCUGCGAGGUUCAGUUAAUAUUUUUUAUAGUUUUUGAAUUAUUGUAAAUGAAAUUGAUAAAAGGAAUUUUGCAUGCUUGUAAAAUACGGCAUUUUGAGAGAAAAAAGAAGGUGAAGCGAAAACUUUGCUGAUGACGAUUUCAAGUAAAUUAAGCGCCGAAGUCGGUGAACAAUGUGGACACCCGAAAGUGCUUGUUUACUACAGAAAUAAGAAGAAACGCUAUAGUCGAGUGAUGUGACUGUCUUAAACCAUUUUAAUAACGGACAAUGACGUCACUGUCCACGUGUGCCUUAUAUGAAUAAAUUUUAAUGAAAAAGACUUUUGGUUGAGUUUAAUAUUUAUCGUGAAUAUUAAUCCCCCUCGAUUUGGCAAAUAAUAAAACUCCUUAAUUAUACCUUUAAUUUACAACCGCACACUCUCGUCUGCAUGUAAGUGAGUUAAUAAAUAGAAUACAUAACAAAAGAUUCGUAACAGGGAGAGAAAACUAAGAGAGAAACCCUUUUCUCUUUCCAAGAUCCGUUUGGCUUUGUCACCAUCUCACACAACACAAUAUUGUUUGUGUUUGUUCAUUUAUAUAAUAUAGUGAUAGUUAGGCUAGUGAUUAUUUUGGUUUGAUUAUAUAUGUAUUAUGUGUAUAUACCAAAAUAUCCAGUUUGUCUUGGUUCCUUGAAAAAAUGAAAUAAAACGGGAAGGACGCUAUAAUCGAUACCCGAUACUUUGUUUUACAGUUUCAAAAUAUUUAUUUUGCCAGCGGAAGUUGACAAAGCGACAAAAAUGCAAGCCGACGUUCGUCUUGUUUUUGCUGCC